AUGAAGAAGAUCGGCGUGUUGUUGCCCACGAGGUCCCAGUACUUCCCAAAUAGCGUGGGUGGUCCGACGGAAACAGCCUCACUGCAUUAUCACUCGUACCAGGGAGAUCACUCGGUGGUGGACAAGUUCUCGACAGUGGACGACGAUAAUUUCUCUCAAGUCGGCGAUUUCUACCGCAAAACAUUGGAUGCUGCGGCACGCGAACGUCUUACGGACAACAUUGCUGGGAGGGGGGGGAUCGUUGGUGAAUGA